AUGUGCUCACAAACUCAAACCUCUCACGACCCCCAACCGCAGUCAAACAUGAUAAAACGCCUCUCAGCCAGAAUCUCCCUGCGAUGGCCACCAGAGCCCCCAUUUGAGAACACGGACACCCUUGUCCUCUCCGUGGGAAACUGCAUGAAAGAUGAGGUCCUCUUCACGCACGAACUGGAUUCACGAAAUGCUUUUGGUGUCGCCGACUGUGGGACGUUCUCAGCGCUCCCGAACGGUGACGACCUGGAGGUUGGAGUCAUGCCGCGACCCGAUCUGCCCGGCGCACCGGUGAGGGAGUAUGAGGAGGUAUGGAGGGAGUUACCGUUCGUGCGAAUGGAAGGACAUGAGAACGUGUCUUUUGUGCUUGAGAGCGCGACGGGGGGGACGCAAUUGAAGGAAGGCGAGGAGAAAGAAAUCACCCGAACCUUUAUCGGCGCGAUUUGGGGAUCAUUUAUUGCACUUCGACAGACACAGGUACUUGCGAGACCCAUUGGAGAAACUAGGACUGUGAUCAAGAGUGGUGCAGAAGUCAGUGCAAAACGGGAGGAUUUUGUUCAAGGGCAAGGGUUCGUUGUGAGGUACUCGCUCGGUCCGGAGGCAGACGAAUUGCCCACCCACUCGGAUAUACAGCUUCCAGCGUCGGAUGGCUCUCUUGAGAAACUAGUGGUUUGUGGGCAGGAUCUUCAUCCUCAAGGGAAAGACGUCACGGUCAAAGAGUGA